CUGUCGAGAAGAGGGGGCGGAGUGCCGGGCGCGAAGUCCCGAGUAGCGGCCCAGCGAGCUUAAGUGCGGACAGAGGUGCACUCCCUGCCUGCGCCGGGCCUCCAUGAACUUGAUGGGGGAGCGGCGGCGAGGCCGGCCAGAGGACUUCUGCGCCCCCCAGCCCGAGCGCAAACGAGUGUGCAAAAAUUGGGAGACUGUUCCACAGGCAAUCAAUCCCUGCCAUCCAUUAAGCAACUGUUUUAUGGAUUACUGGGCUGUGAAGUGGAAUUUGAAGGAGAGUGAUCUCACUGAAUUGUUCAGUCCUCAGAUUAUGAAGGAGAAACCAAGUUAUAUGAUAUUUACGGAUAAUGAAGCCAAAGCUACUGCCCAGCCAUGUCCAAGAUGUAUUGCUGGCGAAUCUGGACACUUUGGUCACAUGAUGGGUUUAUAGAAGAUCAAAGGACAUUGAUACAGAUGAUAAACUCAAACUUAUCAAACUGAUGUAUGAUAAGCUUGAGCUGCUAAUAUUUUCUCUACUUCUCUUAAAAAUUCUCAUAGGUGUAAAAAAGAAGUAAAUAAGUAAUAUUUUAAAAAAGUAUUUUCAGUAGAAUCCCAGUUUGAUUUGUUUUUUUAAUAUUCUGUAUUAUCUAUUGUUUAGGGAAAAAAGGUCUCCACUUCUAAUACAUACAUAUCGUGUACUACUAGAAGCAUAUUUUCUUGAAUAUAAGUUCUUAAUUGCAUUAUUUUCACUGGUACAUCUUGCGUUGAACACCCAAAAUAUGUGUUGUUUCUAAAUGAAUCUUGACAGCAAUGUCAGCAGUAAACAUCUGUUUCAAAUAGAGAUCUAAUCUCCCAAUCUUAAAAUAAUAUCAAAGGAAUUAAAUUUUGCUGAUUUGCAAUAUUCUGUGCACUUCCACCAUCUAGUAAAACUACUUUCUAAUACAAUCCCACAAAUUCUAGGGAAAGAGGGACUGGGGAACUUUAGAAUUAACUCACCUGGAGAGUAAUAAAUUGGGAGAUUCUUAUUGGCUGAAUCAGUCCUAUCUGAGUGACGAAAAACAAAAUGUUAAGAUAAGAAUUAGUUAUUUUUUACAUGAAAUAAAAAAUGAGUCAAAUGAAUUGCUUACGGUUCUUUGGUUGCUGCAAGUAAACCUUAUUUUAAUCUGCAUAUUUGCUAUGUCAUAAAAUGCCCUUGAGGUUGAUCAAAUUAUUUUAAAAUGCAAGAUUAAAUCAAUUACUUUUAAAACAAUUUUUUAAAAGUAUACAUCUAGUACAUUUUCAUGGAUUUAUUUGUAAUUCAGCAUUACAGCAAGAAGACAUAGACCUGCUUCUGAUAACAAAGUUUAUGGAAGCAUUUUAUAUGAAAACAUUAGGACCUUUUAAAAAUAAUAUAUUUUUAUGCUAAGUGAAUUAACAAAAAUGUAUAAAUAAUGCCAGCACUGUAAUAUAAUGUCAGAAUUUAAAUAAAAGUUCUGUCAUAUGAUUCUAUGUAUUUUAGCUGAAAUAUUUAGCAACUGAAACCUGGUGAAUUAAACUACCAAUGGUUCAUUGUUCCUUCUGACUAUACAGUUCAAAUACUUUUUGCUCAUGAUUGUAAUAUAGCUAUGAAUAACCUAUUAAGAAAAUAAUUAAGGAGAGGGAGUACAAUUCACUUCUGUUCCACCAUAAAACAGUUAUGCCUUUGCGGUCCAGAGACUGAGAUAUUUCAUUUAUUCCUUCAGAAUGUUAUCAACAAAGCAGUUUCCAAAUCAGCAGCUAGAAGAGACCUAAGAGUGCAUUCUGAUGGACACUCAUCUGUGAAAGAGUCUCAGUGAACAAAGGGUCAGGGUUCGUCUUCUCUAUGUAAUACUUUACCUACACAGGUGAGGAUGGCCUUCACUCUUACAACCUUCCAGGAAGUUAUAAAGCCUCUUCUUCAUUUGGGAGGAUUGAUUCCAAAGCUGCUGAUUUAGUUUUCGCAUACAAUAUUUGUUUAUUGUUUAGAUAUUAUUAUAGUAUUUUAAUACAUAUUCUAUAAGUUGCCCAGAUUCUAAUUGCAUUGGACAAUAAAUACAUUAAGUGUGUUAGGAGAGACUUCCUUAAAUCUCACAGGAUUUUGACAAGGUGCAUCCCAUCUCAUCAGGCCCAUAUGUUAUUGGCAACAUUGGCUGUAGUGUGAGACUAUUAUAUAGAAUCCAGCAUUUUGCAGAUUCCAUCCAUGCAAUCAUUGCCUUUAAAUUUAGGGCUGAAGCUUACAUGAAUCAUUCAUUAGAUUCUAUAUUUUCUUAUUCCAACAUUAUCUCCACAUAGAUUAUGAAACAUACUGUAGGUAGCAAAGAGGAUGACAGGUAAAUCUGACAUUCCUUUAUGUCUCCCACCACUUACUGGAAAAUAAAUGUAGAAGUGCCAUUCACAAAUCUUAAGUUGUUUUUUUUAUGUAUAUUGGAAGACUUCCUAAAGUUUUAUCAGUUAUAUGUAUUAUUUAUUGUAUACAUUUUAGUAUAACCCAAGGUUGAUUUUGCUCUGUAGAAGCAGAUUUUAAACACAUGCAUGUAGUCCUCCAUUUAUAACUAUUUGUUUAGUAACCGAAAUUAUAAUGGCACUGAAAAAAGUGACUUAUUCCUGUUUUUCACUCUUACGACCAUUGCACCAUCCCCGUGGUCACAUGAUCAAAAUUUGGACGCUUGGCAACUGGUAUAUAUUUGUAGUGGUUGCAGUGUCCUGGGGUCAUGUGAUCACCUUUUGAUCACCUAAUGGGGAAGCCAAAUUCACUUAAGAACCGUAUUGCUAACUUAAAAGCUGCAGUGAUUCACUUAACAACCGUGACAAGAAAAGUUAUAAAACAGAACAAAAUUUAACAACUGUCUUGCUUAGCAACAGAAAUUUUGGGCUCAAUUGUGAGCAUAAAUUGGUGACUAUAUGUAAAACAUGAACACAGUAACAAACCUACAAUUCAUAUUGGGGGUGGGGGGACUGAGCUUUGAGUUUACCUAACUCAAAAACCUCUAUUAAUGCUAAACUGGCAUAUUUGGAAAUAACGGACUAGGUAUAAAUGCAUUUAAAAUGCUAUCCAAAGUCAAGAUCCUUGAGGUUGACAGAAAAUGUCUCUGCCUGAUUUUAUGAAUUCCCCAACUUGCUUCAUAGGAUCCUCACCACAAUCUCCUUGAUUCAUUUGGAGAAUGAAUGCCAGGGCAUCUUGUCCACUUGGUUACAUAGAACAUAAAACUGAAUUUAAGCACCCAAAAUUUAAUUUCAACGUGGCAUAUGUAAGUAAAAUACGUAGAGGUUUGAAAUAUCUUAAUUAAAUUCUGGAAAGCAACAUUGUUCUUAAGAAGGCUAAUAAACUACAGGUAAUCGACAGUUCACUUAGCAACCAUUCAAAGUUACAACAUAACCACCACCACCCCAAGUACUUAUGACAGAGUCCUGAAGUUAUGAAUGUUGCAGCACUACAGCAGUCGUUCACACUUACGAAUGACCGCAGAUGCACUUCAACUUUCACCCUGCCUAUUCCUCCUUGCCAGCCGGGUCUCCACAGACACUGGGCCUAUGGAGAAUCACUUAACUUUUGACGAUCUAGUGAGGCAUUGGUUCCUAUGCCUGCUUUGGUGCAUUCGUGGAAAACAGAGGCCUU